CUCCCCGGUGCGGGCCGACCCCCGAAACCACCUCCAUGCAGCCGGCCGCCUUGCGCUAGCCUCGCCCCCUCCCCAGGAGCGGGGAGCCGCUGGGGAGGGGGGAGGAGGAGGAGGAGGUCAGCUCGGCCCCGGGGGCCUCGAAGCCCCCCGGUGUCCCCGAAGCCCCCCGGUGUCCCCGGGCCCCGGGCGGCGCUAUGUACGACUGCAUGGAGGCCUUCUCCGGGACCGGCUUGCUGCGCAAGAACGGGGCCAGUCCUUGCUUCGCCGCCGGACUCGAACCCUUCUCCUGGCCGCAGUCGGUGGAGACCCAGAGCACGAGCUCCGAGGAGAUGGUCCCCAGCUCGCCCUCCCCGCCCCCGCCGCCCCGCGUCUACAAGCCCUGCUUCGUGUGCAGUGACAAGUCCUCGGGCUACCACUACGGCGUCAGCUCCUGCGAGGGCUGCAAGGGGUUUUUCCGGCGCAGCAUCCAGAAGAACAUGGUGUACACCUGCCAUCGCGACAAGAACUGCAUCAUCAACAAGGUGACGCGCAACCGUUGCCAAUACUGUCGCCUGCAGAAGUGCUUCCAGGUCGGCAUGUCCAAGGAAGCGGUGCGGAAUGACCGGAACAAGAAGAAGAAGGAGGUGAAGGAGGAAGGCGGGGGCGGCGGCGCCCCACCGGACAGCUACCAGCUGAGCCCCCAGCUGGAGGAGCUGAUCGCCAAGGUCAGCAAGGCCCACCAGGAAACCUUCCCCUCCCUCUGCCAGCUGGGCAAGUACACCACGAACUCCAGCGCAGACCACCGGGUGCAGCUGGACCUGGGGCUGUGGGAUAAGUUCAGCGAGCUGGCCACCAAGUGCAUCAUCAAGAUCGUGGAGUUUGCCAAGCGGCUGCCCGGCUUCACCACCCUCAGCAUUGCAGACCAGAUCACCCUCCUCAAGGCCGCCUGCCUGGACAUCCUGAUGCUGCGGAUCUGCACACGGUACACCCCGGAGCAGGACACCAUGACCUUCUCGGACGGGCUGACCCUGAAUCGGACACAGAUGCACAACGCCGGCUUCGGCCCCCUGACCGACCUGGUCUUCGCCUUCGCCGGCCAGCUGCUGCCCCUGGAGAUGGACGACACCGAGACCGGCCUGCUCAGCGCCAUCUGCCUCAUCUGCGGAGACCGCAUGGACCUGGAGGAGCCCGAGAAGGUGGACAAGCUCCAGGAGCCCUUGCUGGAGGCCCUGAAACUUUACGCCCGGCGAAGACGGCCCAGCCAGCCCUACAUGUUCCCGCGCAUGCUCAUGAAGAUCACCGACCUCCGCGGCAUCAGCACCAAAGGCGCAGAGCGGGCCAUCACCCUGAAGAUGGAGAUCCCAGGCCCCAUGCCGCCCCUCAUCCGCGAGAUGCUGGAGAACCCGGAGAUGUUCGAAGACAACGGCGACGCCAAGCCCGGACCCCCCGCCGACCCCCCCAGUGAGGACGACAGCCCCGGCGGCGGCGAGCCCGACGAAGACGCGCCCUAGGGGACCCCAGAGGGGGCCGCGCGGGGCACCGCACGCUCCGGGGUGGGGGCGGCUGUCGGGACCGGGCGUCAGACUCUGCCCACCCUCCCGUCCCGGCGUUGCCUUCGCCCCCCGCCCCCGGUUUAGGCCAAAGUUUCUAGCCCCCUCCCCGCUCUCCUCCACGUUGCACUUGUGACCUCCUCUCCCCUGACGCCCCCUCCGUGCCUUGGGGGACGGGGGACGGCAGCGGGAAGGCCCGGACGAUAAACCUCGAGGUUUGGGGGGGGUGGGGGGAGCCU